GCGCGUGUCUUCGUUUGUUUCGAGGGGGUUCUAGCUACGGAGAACAUCGGAAGGGUUGAUUUCCCCGUGUUCGUUUAUCACACCUUUGGACUGCAACGUGCGAAUACCCGGGUGCCGAGGGGUUGUGCAGCGUGCUUUGGGGUUGCUGGAACGGUUGUGCCAUCACGAGUUGUGCGCGGUGAAGAGGAAAAGAACGACAUAGACAGUGUGUAUUCUCUUAUCAGCAAGUGGGAUUUUGUUUUCGGAGUGUGGCCCCAAGUGCUCGGGCAACCUUAUCGAGCCCAGUUGAGGCAAAGGUGUGGUACUGCGUGGAAGGUGACUUCAGUGAAAAUGGUGUGGCUAGUUCUCUAAUUGUGUCUCUUCUUUUCAGAAAUUCUAAAUUUAUUAGUGUCCAUUUGGAAGAAAAUUUGAGUUAAUUAAUCAACCGAGAAAAGUUACAGAGAACUCUGUUGGCUCGUAGGCAGCGAAGAAAAUCAUUACAUAACACAGUCGUACGAAAGGAAACGUGAACGUGAGUGCAUCCCAGAAAGAAAGGAGAUACAGGAAAAGCAAUAAAAAGCUGUUAACAAGAAACCGGUGAUCAAGUGAGCACAUAUUGGAAUAAAACAUCGAAAAAGAGGUACCAACUCGGAAUGUCUUCAUCAGUGAAAGAUCGCCGUCGUACGGGUUGAGGGUGAAUUCAUGAAGAUAGUGUAAAAAUAUACGAGUGUGUCUCUAUGUGUCGAUGAUUUUUCGAUCUUGAUAACGGGAAGGAGAGAGGAAUUGGCUGUAGCGCUGUGCUUUGACUGAUUUCGAAAUUAUCAGUAACUGGUAUGAUUGAGUGCUUGUGCUGAAGUGCAGGACGGAGCGACGAAGUGGUGAUCGACCGCCGUUGAAAAUCGUUGUCCGAAAACCAACGUGUCCAGGAGAGCAUCCCACUGAUUGACGUGUACAUUUUUGAUACCGACGAAGACCACAGAGAAGACAUACAUACUUGGAGGCCAUUAACUUACGCUGGUCUUGUUCUGGGUUAAGAAAGGUAAGCAGAUUGGCAAUACAUUAGCCUAUAAAAGAAAACACAAGACCAAGAAGUGGGGAGGAGGCAAGUCUCCUACGGUGAGGCCAGUGGUGCCGGUGCGGUGGUGCAAACUAGAUCCAGUGCCUCCAUACCUCGCCGUUGCCCGACUCAACCAAAAGAAGAUGACGUCGUCCAGAGUGGCGUCGUCGUCAACGACAUCCGACCACCGUCUGCUUCGGUUGGUACUGAUCGUAGCAUUGGUACUGCUCAACGCUGUCUCAGCUUCUACCUCAUCAUCGUACAUCUGUCCGAAGGGUUGCGAGUGCAAUGACUCCAGUAUCACUUGUACGAGCGUGUCCGGACUGCGGAGCAUCGACAAAAGUUUGCCCAUCAAGCGACUGGUGCUUUCCGGUUUAGAACUGAAGAAGAUCCCCGCACAGCUGGAGAAUAUCCGAAACAUCACAGAGCUGGAUCUUUCCAACAACCACCUGUCUGAGGUGAGCCACCUGGGCAGGCGGAUACGACGCCUCAACCUGAGCCAGAAUCGAAUCACAUCCGGAAAGCUGGUGAAGAUUCCGCUGUAUGUGGAAUCGCUGAACCUGUCGCACAACGUAAUUACCUACCUGCCGCUGUAUUUGAUGAAGCUGAAGAAGCUACGAUCCAUUGAGUUGGUAGACAAUCCGAUCAACUGCACAUGCGAAACGUUGCACAUUAGGAACUGGCUUACGACAAGGCACGUGUGGUCUGAUCAGCACAUCAAAUGUAGUGCCCCUCAGGAGUUCAAGGGCAGGCCGUGGCUGCAGGUCAAACAGUCUGAUGUCUGCCAUGAAGCUGGAAGGGAUGGUGGCUACAACUGGGAUGACUAUGAAGACGAGAAUGACUUGAUGUUGGGAGACCAAGCUCAUUUAGGAGAUGACGAGGAAGAGGAUGAGGAUGAUUUCAAGAAGGAGUAUUUACCAGUUGGGGAAAAAGUGAAGUCUCAGGACCCACCGAUCGAGAUACAGAAUGAUGAGGAAUUGGAUGGUGGUUCCGGAGACGGUUCUUCAAUUGGAGAAGAAGAAAAGGCUGAAGCUAGAAAAGUUGCUGAUUUGUCGGUUGUUGAAGGAUCUGGGGAAGAUACGGGCGACAAUGUCCGGGUGAGCCAGAUCCAAAACGCCGUGGAAGACGAUGAAGAAGAGGGAAGUGGAAGUGGUGCUGGUGUGGUUCUUUUUGGGUCUCGCGGAGUUGGAUCUGAACACGAAGCUGAGAGUCCAAAGUCUGAAACUGACUUUGAAGACAGCACAAGCGAAGAGAAGCCAAUAACUCCUCCAAAUGGAUUGGGUAUUUUUGGCAAAGGUCUAGACGAUGAUACCACAACUUCAAGAGAUACUGAAGCCACGGAAGGAGUUGUUCCUUUUGUUGGUGUUGUUGACGUUAGCAAGGGUACUACUGGAGGUACAGAAAGUCCAACAGAAGAACACAAAGCUAACAUGUCUGAAUCCCCAACCCGAGCUGACACGGAUAGCCAAGGAACCUACAUUCUGUUGGCAAUUCUUGGAAUUAUACUGAUUUCUUUGAUUGUUUUGGUUAUGUGCAAGAGGAAACCAAACUCUAGAAAUCGUCGUGGCAAAGCAGAUCUAGAAGCUGCUAGGGGGCGUGAAUUGACGGACAUGGAUAAGAACCUUUUAGGUAAACCACUGGAAAAGAAUGGCCACAAAAUGCCAGAGCAAACGCCUUUGAUGAAUGACCGAGACAAGUCGGAUUAUCAGAAAGUUUUCAGCGAUAAGCCCAACAAUCAUCCACCAGCAAAACCUGAGCGCACCUCAUUAGAUAAGCCCACGAUGGAAUCUUUCAAACCAAUUCCAGCCGACAGAAACAAGAGUAAAGAAAGCCUGUACGAAAAUGUGCCUCAGAAUAACAAUAACAAUACGGUUCCGCUUCAGAAUGGAAACGGCCCCGUAGGAAACGGUGACCUACCAGGGGUUCACCAACCCAAUCACAAUGUGCCAUCCCAAGACGAUGAAGUGUUCCUACCGUCAAACGGCAACCCCAAUCAACUGCAGCCAGAGACCGUUGACUCACCCAAGUCCAAGCGAUACAGUCCCAUCUACGUACCCACGUCGCCAAAGUCCGAUCGCUACAGUCCGGUGUACUCGCCAGAAACCGGACGUGUCAAAAUCAAACUAACCGAAACUCCCAAACCAAAAACUCCCAUCUUGGUCACGCGAAGUCGAUCGAGAGCCGGAGACUACAUAACGACAACCGACCAGAAGUUCUGAUCCACGCUGUACAGCCAAUGACUAAGACCUUGGAACACCUGGCGGAUUUUGCUUCAGCCUUCCUAACGAAUCCGGGACGUCACGGGUCUGGUGACGUCCGUCUAGGCACUACUAAUCCGGACUGACGGUGGUCCGCGUUUGUUUUUAGAUCGACACUGAACAUUCGUUAUCGGUGAGACAUCCGAGCCGAUAAGAGUUCGAAAGAGUAUAUCGAGUCAGAAAUUUGUAUAGAUAAUCAUCCGUUGAGAAUAGAGCUUCCUUCGUUCAACGUUACGUAACUGUCAUGUGCGCUCAAAAACAGUAAAUUGCUAAGGAAGAGAUUUUCAGAAAUUAUAGUAAACAAAAGAUAAUUGUAGGGAAACAAACGUCAAAAAUAAGAGCUUGUUUAAAGUUGCAAUCAUGUAGUUCACAGUUACAUAGCCUAUUUAAAUAGCGAGUCAUCAUCUAAGUGCACAAACCAUUGAAAACUUUUUAAUCUGGGUGACAGAUUCAUCUGAACCGUCGGAAAAGAUUUUUUCAGUAAUUCGGGAACAAAUUGUGAUAUACAAACACCUAAACAACCCAAUUCUUGUAAUAAGUCAAAAACUAAAUCACGGAAGAACAAAACAAAAUAACGACACAGCAUUCGGAAUCGUUCCUGGAGCACCCCUCACACCACCAUUGUAAAUCAUCUACAACGUCUUUCUUUUACUGGACUCUUGGAAUGUAAAUAUUAUUCGUGAAAAUUGUAACAGUAAUGAUCCUCUCGCUAUCCAGUGGGAAGGGACACGUUUCCUAAGUAGUACUGCAAUGUGACGAUUAAAGAUGCCAAUAAAUUAUGAAACUAUAAAAUAAAAAGUAACACAAACCAUCAUUUCUUUUCGACUUAGAUAUAGCGUAGACGAUAGCUUAGUCCAUUAGUACGGAGGUUUAUUUUUGCGUAUGAAUGCUUUCUUCAAAAGAAACAUUUUAUGAUUUUGCGGGAAAAUAAUGUGAAUAUGCAAAUCGCAUGCUAAAAUUUGAAACCGAUGCCUUACAAGGAGUUUGAGGAGGUGAAGAUACCUAAACUAAUGAAGCGUUGUGUACGAUGUGGAAUCGCACGUUCAGUUUGCAAUCAUAAUCUGUGUCAGGAAUGAAAAUGUUUGUUAAGUUUAAAUAAUUUAACGAAAGAGAGGAAAGUGAAGAAAUACUAUUGUAUAUGUAUUUUAAAUAAAUUAUACUAGAAUUUAA